AUGCUGUGGCAAAAAGUUCGCCAAUUUGGCCAGAAGUUGGUCCGCAGGCGCCCCCUGGAGGCAAGAAAGGGGUCUGAGAGUGUCCUGGCCCGUUGCCUGUCCACAAUGGAUCUGGUGGCCCUGGGUGUGGGCAGUACCCUGGGAGCAGGCGUGUACGUCCUGGCUGGUGAAGUGGCCAGGGACAAAGCUGGACCAGCGAUCGUCAUCUGCUUCUUAGUGGCCGCCCUGUCUACUAUGUUGGCUGGGCUCUGCUAUGCGGAGUUUGGGGCCCGGGUCCCCUGCUCUGGUUCAGCAUAUCUCUACAGCUAUGUCACAGUGGGUGAACUGUGGGCCUUCACCACUGGCUGGAACCUCAUACUCUCCUAUGUCAUUGGUGCCGCUAGUGUUGCCAGGGCCUGGAGUGCUACCCUGGACAGCCUGAUUGGGAACCGCAUCUCGCAGGCCCUGCAGGACAGUGUCCCUCUGCAAGUGCCCCAUGUCCUGGCCAAGUGUCCAGACUUCUUAGCCCUGAGCCUGGUACUGCUGCUCACUGGUUUACUGGCUCUGGGAGCAAGUGAGUCAGCCCUGGUUACCAAAGUGUUCACAGGCAUGAACCUUUUGAUUCUCAGCUUUGUCAUCCUCUGUGGCUUCAUUAAGGGAGAUCUGCAUAACUGGAAGCUCAGGGAACAGGACUACAACCAGAGCAUGCCCGGACCCAAUGACACCUCUAGCUUAGGUCCUCUGGGCUCUGGUGGAUUUGUGCCUUUUGGCUUUGAAGGGAUUCUCCGCGGAGCAGCUACAUGUUUCUUUGCAUUUGUUGGUUUUGACUGCAUUGCCACUACAGGGGAAGAAGCCCGGAAUCCUCAGCGGUCCAUCCCCCUGGGCAUCGUGUUCUCGAUCUUCAUCUGCUUUCUGGCGUAUUCUGGCAUCUCUGCAGCACUCACCCUCAUGAUGCCUUAUUACCAGAUCCAUCCUGAGAGCCCCUUGCCGGUGGCUUUUCUCCAUGUUGGAUGGGCCCCUGCCAGAUAUGUAGUGGCUGUUGGCUCCCUCUGUGCCCUUUCAUCCAGCCUCCUAGGUGCCAUUUUCCCCAUGCCUCGGGUGAUCUAUGCAAUGGCAGAGGAUGGACUCCUUUUCCGAAGCCUCGCCCGGAUCCAUGCCCGAACACAUACCCCUGUCAUGGCCACCCUGGUCUCUGGAAUCAUUGCAGCACUCAUGGCAUUCCUCUUUGAGCUCAGUGAUCUUGUGGACCUCACGUCAAUUGGGACUCUGCUUUCUUACUCUAUGGUGGCCUUUUCUGUUUUGGUCCUCAGGUACCAGCCAGACCAGAAAUUAAGCAAGAAUGAGGCAAUGGAGGUGGAAAAAUUUGAGAUGAAGUCUGUUCCAAGGCCAUUGGAAUCUGUACCUGAAACUGAAAAGAUUCUGUGUUGCUCUAUCAAUACCACCUCCACUCUGAAAUCUGGGCAGAUCAUCUAUGGUUGUGCCUCUCUGCUUGUCAUACUGCUGAUGGUCCUGUGUCUGAUACUGGCCCAAAGGCACAGGCAUCUAUUCUCUGGGGACCCAGUUUAUACAACAGUGGUUGUGCUGCUGCUGGUGUUCAUUACCGUGAUCACUUUCAUCAUUUGGAGGCAGCCCCAGAACUCUACCAUGAUCCACUUCAAGGUCCCCGCUUUGCCUUUCCUCCCACUGGUGAGCAUCUUUGUAAAUGUUUACUUGAUGAUGCAGUUGACUUCUGGGACCUGGGCCCGACUCGGAGUCUGGAUGGUGAUUGGAUUUGCUAUAUAUUUUGGAUAUGGGAUCCGACACAGCCUGAAGAAGUGUGACCAACAGCUGCCAACCUCAAGCUCCCAAACUGUUAAUGAAAACAUCCCUAGUUCUGAACUGGCCUAAGGAUAAAACUAGAUACUGUGUGGAAUCCCUCCACCACACUGGAAGUUUCUUCCGGCUCAGGGAGUAAAGUUUGGAUCUCCAUGGAGUGGUGGUGGGAGGGGGUGUGUUUAGAGCCUUCUAUACAGCCCCGAAAGUGCAUAUUCCAUAAGUCUACAGCAAGAUGAAUUUUCACAAAUACAAUGAUGUAGUCAGUACCCAGCCAAAGAGACAGAAUCUUACCUACACAUAAGAAGCACCUUUUUGGAUUUUGUAGGCAGCUAAGAGGUCUCUGGUGUUGUUGUUGAUUCUUAUUCAUAGCGACCCCCCCGUAUGUCAGAGUAGAACUGUGCUCUAUAGGGUUUUCAAGGCUGAAGAAGCACCUUUUUGGCCCUGCUUCCAGUUACUACCCUCUGAGGUAACCACUAAUCUGGUUACAAGCCCUAGCUGAACUCUAAACGCAUAUUAAACUUGUUGAACUCCAAACACAUAUGUUAACUCCAAACACAUACUGAAUUUUUUGUUCAAUAUGAUGUGAGAUUCAGCCAUGUUGUUUCACUUAGUUGUAGUUCCAGCUCGUGGCUGUUAAGAAUAAUGCUUUCAUGAAUUUGGCGGUAAACCAAACCAAAUCAGUUGCCAUUGAGUUGAUUCUGAAUCAUGGAGACCCCUUGUGUUUCAGAGCAGAUCUGUGCUCCACAGGGUCAAUUCCGACUCAUGGUGACCC